AAUCUUGUUCUUUGACUCUUGUGUUCGGAGCGAGUUACCUCGAUGCCAAGGCGCAAAAUCGAGAUGAAAAAAAUAGAAGAUUCGACGAAAUGUCAGGUGACAUAUUCGAAGCGUCGUAGCAAUCUGAUGAAAAAGGCAAAUGAACUUGCCGUGUGUUGCGAUGUGGAUUUGGCGUUUGUUGCAUUUUCACCUUCCGGUCGAAUUAGCAAGUUUUCCGGCGAAAAAAGGAUCGAAGACGUGCUCCUUCGUUACAUCAACAUUUCCUCUGAGGAUCGAGUCAAAGAUGUACAUAAUUUUCAGGGAAAAUUGAAGAAGUUGAGGAAUCUUACUGACCACAUCAAUGGAGAGAGCGGCAAGUUAUUUUUUCUGGACAAACAUAUUAUUCUAACCAACACUACUUCCUCUUGGUGCAUGUAA